CGGGCGGGCCGGGAGGCGGGGCGGCGGCCAGGAAAGCCCCGCACGGCCGGUCCCGGCCCAGAGGCCGCACUUCCCCGGGCGCCGCGGGAUGGACCGGGGCGCGCAGGGGCCCUAGGACCUCCCGAUGGGGCGGCUCGGCUCCGGGCUCACGCUCCCUGUGAGCUGCCUGAUCCUGGUGUGGGCGGCAGGCGCUGGGGGUGUGCAGCUCCGGCAGCAGCCCACCUGCUUCUCCGACUACCUCAGCACCUCCACCUGCGAGUGGAGGAUGGGCGGCCCCACCGACUGCAGCGCCGAGCUCCGCCUGACCUACCAGCUGGUCUUCCUGAACGAGGGAAACCACACGUGUGUCCCUGCGAACAGAGAAAGCACCAUGUGCCAGUGUGACAUGCUGAUGGACUACAUAGUCAGCGCGGACAUCUACCAGCUGGGCCUGUGGGCUGGGAAGCAGCGGCUGUGGAGUGGCUCCUUCAUGCCCAGCGAGCAUGUGAAACCCAGGGCCCCCGGAAACCUCACGGUGAACGCCACCGACUCCCACAUGUGGCAGCUGACCUGGAGCAACCCGUACCCACCUGAGAGUUUCCUGGCCUCUAAGCUCUCCUACCUGGUCAACAUUUCAAACGAAGACGACCCCACGGAGUUCCUAGUCCACAAUGUGACCUACAAGGAGCCUACCUUCCGCUUCCCGGCCAGCGCCCUGACGCCCGGGGCCCCCUACAGCGCGCGGGUGCGGGCCUGGGCCCCGAGCUACAACAGCCUGUGGAGCGAGUGGAGCCCCCCUGUCAAGUGGGUUCACUACUACGAGGGGCCCUGGGAGCAGCGCCUCCCACUGGCCGUGGGCAUCUCCUGCGUCGUCAUCAUGGCCGUCUGCCUGUCCUGCUACUUCAGCAUCCUCAAGAUCAAGAGAGAGUGGUGGGACCGGAUCCCCACCCCGGCCCGCAGCCCCCUCGUGGCGGUGGUCAUCCGGGAGGCCCAGGUGCCGAUGUGGGGGAAGAGCCCUGGGGGCCAGGAGCCGGCCAAGUGCCCGUACUGGAAGACGUGUCUGACGAAGCUCCUGCCCUGCCUGCUGGAGCCCGGCCUGGAGAGGAGUGACAGUUCUUCCAAGGCGGCCGGGAGCGGGCCUGCCCAGGGCCCCGGACCAGCCUGGCGCCCCGCGGAGGGCAGCAGCGCGGUGCUCUGGCCGGAGAGCAUCAGCGUGGUGACGUGCGUGGAGCUGCUGGAGGCCCCGGUGCAGAGUGAGGAGGAGGAGCAGCAGGAGGAAGACGGAGGGAGCCUCUGCCCCUCGCCCGAGAGCAGCGGGGCCGGCUUCCAGGAGGGCAGGGCGGGCAUCGCGGCCCGAAUGACGGAGCACCUGCUCCUGGACCUCCUCGGGGGCGCGGAGGGGGGCUCCUGCCCGCCAGGCUGGGGGCAGUCCUGCCUCCUCUCGCCCUUGGCAGGUGCCAGUGCUCAGGUGCCUGGGGCAGGCAAGGAGCCUCAGGAGGCCCCCCUUCGGGGCGGGGAGCAGCCCCCAGAGCGCCCCCCGGCCACCCGGACGCAGAGCCCCGCCCGCCUGGCUGUGGCAGAGCUGCCUGCCAUAGUCAUUGCCGACAACCCCGCGUACCGCAGCUUCGGCAGCUUGCUGCGCCCGCCCUCGGACCCGCAGCUGGCCGAGGACCAGGGAGACAGGGACCCCAGCGUCCUCCCUGCCCCCCAGCCCUCCGGGCCGCCUGCCGCACUCCAGCCUAAGCCAGAGACCUGGGAGCAGGGCCUCCGGCAGAGCAUCCUCCGGCUCCGGGCGGCUGGCCCCUCGGCCCCCGGCGGCUACGGGCAGUUCACGCCAGAGGUGUGGCAGGGCAGCACCCGGGGCGGCGAGUCGGGCAGCCCCCCCGGAGACGCCGGGUACAAGGCCUUCUCCAGCCUGCUGGCCAGCGGGGCCGCGUGCCCAGGGCCUCCUGGGGCUGAGGCCAGCAGCGGGGAGGGGGCCUACCGGCCCUUCCAGGACCUCACUGCUGGCAGCCCUGGGGUCCCUGCCCCUGUCCCCCUGUUCACCUUUGGGCUGGACACGGAGCCACCGCCCGGCCCUCAGAACUCGCCCCCCCUCACUGGCUCCCCGGAGCGUCCCGGUCUGGAGCCAGGGCCGCAGGGAAAGGACAGCCAGAAGCGCCCACUCGCCCCAGAGCAGGCCGCAGCCCCCCUCGGGGACGACCUGGGCAGCGGCAUCGUCUACUCGGCCCUCACCUGCCACCUGUGCGGCCGCCUGAGGCAGUGCCACGGCCGGGAGGAGCCGGGCCAGGCCCACGGCGAGGCCCCCCACGGCGAGGCCCCCCGCUGCUGUGGCUGCCGCUGUGGAGAUGGCUCUGAGCGCCUGGGGGGCCCCCCGCCAGGUGGGGUUCUGCUGGAGGCCAGCCUCCCUCCGGCCUCCCUGGCACCCCUGGGUGCCUCGGAGGAGGGCAAGGCCCCCCUGUCCUUCCAGCCUGGCCCCAGCAAUGCUCAGAGCUCGAGCCAGACGCCCCAGAUGGUGGCCAUGCUCUCGACGGGCCCACAGGCAUGAGUGCGUCCUAGGUGUGCGCCCUCCUAGGUGUGCGCUCUCGUUGCUGAGCACACCUCAGCCCUGCCUGCGAACCCCUCUCCCACCCCAUCCCCCACGCUGAGGGCAGCCAGGCUGGCGUGGCCGAGACAAGAGAAGCCGUGUGAAGUGAGGGUGUCUGACCGGCUAGGAGGCCGGACCUGUUCUCACACUGAGGAGCUCAGCGCGUGCCGCGGGUGGGAAGGCGGGAGCCGGGCCCUCAGAGCCGCCUGCAGGGACCGGGGGCUCCGGGCACCUUGGCUUGUGAGCGAGCUGUCGGCCACCUGAUCGGUCCACGCUUCGCCAGCGCACUGCCCCUGCCACGCCGCCCACGGCCUGUCUGUCCCCCGCUCACUCGGUUGCCCACGUCUUGCCCGGCUCCGGACGCUGAGCCUAGACACUAACCGAGCAACGGGGAGCGCCGGAGGCUUUGGGGCUGAUGGGAGCCCGGGCCUGGAGCGCGGCGAUGAGCCCAGCGGUGCCACCAUUCAGCGGCUCCGGUAGGCCGGCGCGGAGCAGGAGCGGGCAGGGGAGGGCGCUCAGUCAAGCAGGGGAAACGGAAGCUCUGAAAAACGGCGGUUACCGCGCAGUGACGGGUUGUGGGGUCCGGGAAUAAACACACCCAGCUGCCUUGGGGCCGGUCGGUGCCCUGCAGACACCGUGGCUGCAGCCACAGACCAGAGGGAGAGCUCCGCCCUGAGAGCCGGCUGAGCUGGGCGUCCAGACGCCCACACCAGGCACGUUUCACCUGCCCGCCGGCCCGGACCUCCCGCUGAGUGUGUGUGUGUGCACGCGCGUGUGUGUGUGUGUGUGUGUGUGUGUGUGUGUGUGCGUGUGUGUGUGUGUGUGUGUGUGUGUGAGAUUGUUUAAACCUAAUAUUUGUAUUUGCAGAGGAGGCUGGGACGGGAGGGGGUGGAGUUUUAUAUAAGUAAAGGUUCUUUCUCUCUUUUUUUACUUAUGAAACAAGCAUGCUUUUUAUCUUUAUUAACUCAUUGACUCCACACAGGACUCAAGUGCAAUGAGGUGAUCAGGAGGGGACCCAGGAAGCCUCCUGGGGAGCGGGCAGGGAGGCAGGUAGGGCGGAGGCCGUAGAGGAGGGAGUGUUAUAAACAGCGCCAGCCGGGCCGCUGCUGCCUGGUCCUGCCGGGAGCUUCGGAAAGCCAUGCACCUAGAGGUGUAAGCCUAGAGGUGUCCCUGCAAAGUGGGGUGGGGGCUGGGGUGUUGGUCGGCCCACUCCCCUCUGCCGCCGGUGGAGGCCACGGCAGGGCACUGGCAGCAGCUCCAAGCUUUGCCAAGGCUCACAGCUCAUUGGCAGGCCCACAGCUGAGCCCGCGUGUCUGUCACCCAGGCUCUGCCGUGAUGGUCCUCACACCCAGGUGGGUGGCCUGAGGGACUGGGCCUCCGACGGGCAGGCAGGGAGCGUAAGCUCCUAGGUCUGUGACUGUGUCUGUCACACUUUCAAAUGGAGGCUUGGCCGUUUGAAGUUCCUUCCUGCUCUGCCGUUCUAUGCAGCUCGCUGCCUUACAUGCAGCCUGAUUGUCCAAGUGUCUCCUUUAUUAUUUUUUUUAAGUGUCUCCUUUGUAUUGAGCCCAAAACUAUCGCUUUAGCUGCCAGAGUCCCCCUCCCCCCUCCCCCAGACGCCCAGUUUACAAGUGGGGACACAGCUUCAGGGAGGAAGAGGGGUUUGCUAAGGUCAGCAGUGAAUGGCAGAGCCUGAACUAGCCUCUGGACUUUGUGCCUUCAGGAGUCAUAACAAAACAUAAGAAUUAAAAAUGAAAAUAGCUAUUUAGCGCCAAGCAGUAUGCUAGAUGCUGUAUCUCCCCUGUGCCAGCUCUAGCAGGCAGGUCCAGUCGUCCCGGUUUCACAGCUGAGGAAGCAGCCCGGAGAGGCUGAGGUCUGGCCUCGGGUCCCACAGCGAGCGAGUCCCAGAGCCAGGCCUGCCUGCAGAGCUCCAGCCCCAUGGAGGCCUCUCCUGUACCGCACGGCACCAUCCGCACGUCAGCUCCAACCCGCUUUGUCUGAGCAUCGUCUCAGGAAACCCAAUUUAAGAAUUAAGCAGCAGAGAAAGUACAUUAGUGUGCGUGGUGGAGGGGCAGUUGGGUGAGGUGCAGCAGGAUGGAGGCAGAGUGUUUGUUCUCUCCUCAGGAUUUUAUAAGGAGGGAGACCCAGCUGGUGGGCUGAGGCUGAUGUGACAGAAAUAACGGGGCUUGGGGCUGGGAUGGGGAAUUAGGUAGAGAACCUCCGUCUCUUCCCUGCCUUUAACCACCUCCCAGGCUCCCGGGAGCUGGAGAAAGGCCACUGCUCUUGCUUCCCCAGCCCCCUUCUGCAGCUUAGGAGGAAGCAGAGCAGGAAAGCAGGUAGCGGGAAAGCCCACACCACACAUAUUUACUGAGCGCCUACUGUGCCAGGGGCUGUGCUGGGUGCUGAGGAGACAGUGAGAGGAGCUGCUUCCCUCCUGGACCUUAUAGUUCAGUUGGGGAGACACACAUGGAACAGACAAAAGAAAAAAUUGCAAACACCAAUGGGUGCUGUGCACCCUAAGAAAGACACCUACUAAGAAGGGCUCCUGGUGGCUAACUGGGCUCAAAU